AUGUUCCGGGUGCGGCGAGGGAGCGAUGGCGUGGAAUCGGAGACAGCGGUGAUGGGGGGGGGGGGGGGGGGGGGUGUAAUGGGCCACAGCAGGAGGUCCCACAGGCGCCCGCUCUGUGGAUCAUCCGAAAAAACGACAAGUGUCAAAGUCAAUCCUCCUCACACCCCUGUCCCACGCAGACUGUCCGUCAGUUCCCGUGCGGACCGGCAGGGGGCGCCCUUAGCUCGCCUUCAGACCCGGGACUGGAGCAUCGUUGCUGGGCAGUACUGA